AUGGCUGCUAAGAAGCUGCGAAGAGCAAAAUUGCCUCAGGAACUGUGUGAGAGGCUGGGUCGCCAUCAGAUCACUACUUGUCAGGACUUCUUAUGUCUUCCACUCCUGGAGCUAAUGAAGGUGACGGGGCAGAGCUACAGCAAUGUGCAGAAGCUUCUUUGUAAAGUCAGCCUAGCUUGUGCUCCCAAAAUGCAGACAGCUUAUGAAAUGAAAGUGAGGAGGACUGUCAAUCCCUCCUCAGCCUUUUUGUCCACCAGCUUACACGGUUUGGAUGAAGUCUUGCAUGGCGGAGUGCCCUGUGGAUCCCUCACAGAGAUAACAAGCCCUCCAGGUUGUGGCAAAACCCAGUUCUGUAUUAUGAUGAGCGUUCUGGCUACGCUGCCUAUAAGCAUGGGAGGACUGGAUGGGGCUGUUAUAUACAUUGACACCGAGUCUGCGUUCAGUGCUGAAAGGUUGGUCGAGAUAGCAGAAAGCAGAUUCCCUGCUUAUUUUGACUCAGAGGAAAAGCUGUUUUCCAUGACGCGUAGCAUUCACCUGUAUCGGGAGCUGACCUGUGGCAGUGUACUCAGAAGAAUUAAGUCUUUGGAAGAAGAAAUUAUUUCAAAGAAGGUUAAACUCAUCAUAAUUGAUUCUGUUGCUUCAGUCGUCAGAAAGGAGUUUGAUCCAAAGCUCCAAGGCAACCUGACAGAGAGAAGUAACUUCUUGGCUAAAGGAGCAUCGCUGCUGAAGUAUUUGGCAGAGGAGUUCUCAAUACCAAUAUUUCUUCAAUCUUUUGAGACCUUGUUGAAGGCAAAUCCUAUUCUGUCACAUUCAGUUUCUUCAGUUUGAUGCUGAUGCACAAGUAUUUUGUUGGAAUAGCACAGAGGACUCUGCUGUGAUGGGAGCAAACGGUUGAGACCACUUAAGUGAAGGAGUCCGUGGUGCUUGAGCCUGUCUGAAGGGUCCUGCUGCUGAACAUCUACCUGUGGCUCCUCUGUCCCUCUCUUUGGAACUCAUUAAUGGGACUGCAAGUGUGUUUUUCAGCUGUUUGGAGGAAAGACUGAACUAGAGGUUUUCAGAU